AUGGUACCAAAGUUCAGUCAGCCUGCUAAAGGGACAUUUGGAAUGCUGGUGUAUCACACCGUGUGCGGAUUUCUGAAAGCACACUCGUCAUAUCCCGCUGACUUCUCUCCCAGGAGGCUGCUCCAGAGGAUGCCUUGGGCCCAUCCUUUGCUCUCUGCCAUGAUUGUGCUUCUCCUCGCGGGUGUGCUGGUGGCCCGGCAUGUUGGGGGCCACCCUCUGGACACCCCACACCUUCCACGGGAGCUGCCUGCAGGACUCUCAAAAAAUAUCAAUAUCACAUUCUUCAAUGGGGUGUUUAAAAAUGUGGAAAGCGUGGCCGAAAUUUUUGACUGCCUGGGCUCCCACUUCACCUGGCUGCAGGCCGUCUUCAGCAACUUCCCUGCGCUGCUGCAGUUCGUGAGCGGUAUGAAGUGUGUGGCUGGGCUCUGCCCCCGCGACUUCGAAGACUACGGCUGCGCCUGCAGGUUCGAGAUGGAAGGGCUGCCCGUGGACGAGUCUGACAGCUGCUGCUUCCAGCACCGCCGCUGCUACGAGGAGGCCGCUGACAUGGACUGUCUCCAAGACCCCGCCAAGCUCAGCACAGACGUCAACUGCGUCAGCAGGAAGAUCACGUGUGAGUCCAGGGACACUUGUGAGCGCCUGCUGUGUACCUGUGACAAGGCUGCCAUCGAGUGCUUGGCUCAAUCCAGUAUCAACUCUUCCCUGAACCUUCUGGACACCUCCUUCUGUCUGGCUCAGCCUCCGGAGACAACCAGCAAAGAGCUGAUGACCCUUCUGCCCAGAGUGGUUCCUGUGGAGCCCACAGACACCAGCCUGACGGCCCUCUCAGGAGAAGAACCAGGCCAAGACCGGGAAGAUCCAGAAGCCGAGAGGGCCACACCGCCUCCAGGAUCAGCAGAGAUUGUUGCCACAGCCAGAAGUGUAACCAUUGUCCCUGCUGGCAUGAAGUCCUUAGGGUUGGCUGUGUCAUCCAUCAAAAGUGGUCCUGAGGAAACAUCUGGAAAAGCCUGUGACAGGUUCACCUUCCUGCACCUGGGAAGUGAGGACAACACGUGGGUGAUGCCACAGCUGGGAGAGAUGCUCUUUUGUCUGACAUCCCGGUGCCCGGAGGAAUUUGAAUCUUACGGAUGUUAUUGUGGCCAAGAAGGACGAGGUGAACCAAGGGAUGCUCUGGACAGGUGCUGUUUCUCCCAUCACUGCUGCCUGGAGCAGGUGAGAAGGCUGGGCUGCCUGCUCGAGAGGCUUUCUCCGUCGCCGGUGCUGUGCGUGGAUGGCGCACCCAGGUGUGUGGGGCAGAGCUUGUGCGCGAAGCUGCUUUGUGCCUGUGACCAGACGGCGGCUGAGUGCAUGGCCUCCGCCGUCUUUAACCAAAGCCUCAAGUCAUCAGGGAGACAAGAGUGCCAGGGCCACCAGCUAUCCUGCGAGGACGGCACGGGCGGAGGGCCUUCAGCUCCCUCCCUCGGCUCCAGCUCGGAAGAGAACAGCGAGGAAGCCACGCCCCACACGGAGGGUCUGAGAAGAACCAGAAUAUUUCUGGGGAAGUCACUUGGUCCCAGGGGGACCAGGCCACACCAUGGUCCCAGAUAG